GGGGCGGCUCGGUCCCGCGGUGCGGCUGCUGCUCCUGGUGCUGAGGCCGUCCUUGGGGGAGCCGGGGCUCGGGCGUGGCGGAGCCCCCGUCGCAGGACGCGCUCCCCAGCCCCGGGCGGGCGCGGAGCUGCGGCAGGAGCCGCUGGGCGCCGGCGCUGGUGCGGCAGCAUCGCCCGGCUGCGGGCUGGGCACGGCGCCGCUGCCGCUCCGGGCUCGGUGUGAGCCCGCCGGGAAGCGCCGGUCGGGGCCUGGGAAACAGCCGCAGGAAGCCCGGGGUGUCCGGGGUGAAGGAAGGAUACAUGACUUGCUGAAAAGAGAGAAAAUGCUAUGCUGGGGCUACUCGUCUUAUGGACAGCCUGGGAUAGGUAGCAACCUCCAGGUCAUCAUUCCUGAACCACAGGUGUAUGGGUUCAUCCACGAUAGAAAUGUCAAGGAGGUGGCAUGUGGAGGAAACCACUCUGUGUUCCUGUUGGAAGAUGGGGAGGUGUAUACCUGUGGCUUGAACACCAAAGGUCAGCUGGGGCAUGACUGUGAAGGAAGCAAGCCAGAGCAAAUUGGGGCGCUGGCCGGGCAGCACAUCGUGCACGUGGCCUGUGGCGAGUCGCACAGCGUGGCCCUCAGCGACCAGGGCCAGCUCUUCUCCUGGGGCGCCGGCAGCGACGGGCAGCUGGGGCUCACCACCAUCGAAGAUGCAGUGACAGUACCAAGGUUGAUAAAGAAGUUGAACCAACAGACGAUACUGCAGGUUUCCUGUGGAAAUUGGCAUUGCCUGGCUCUGGCAGCAGAUGGCCAGUUCUUCACGUGGGGGCAGAACAGCUACGGUCAGCUGGGCUUGGGCAAAGAAUGUCCCUCCCAAGCCAGUCCACAGCGUGUCAAGUCUCUAGAUGGGAUCCCUUUGGCUCAGGUUGCUGCAGGUGGAGCCCACAGUUUUGCCCUUUCUCUCUCAGGAGCUGUGUUUGGCUGGGGGAAGAACAGCUCAGGACAGCUGGGACUAAGUGAUGAACGAGACCGGGAGUCGCCGUGUCACGUGAAGCUGUUGCGCUCUCAGAAGGUUGUUUACAUCAGCUGUGGAGAGGAGCACACAGCAGUCCUGACCAAGAGUGGAGGGGUGUUCACCUUCGGUGCAGGUUCCUGCGGGCAGCUGGGCCACGACUCCAUGAACGAUGAGGUGAACCCCCGAAGAGUUCUUGAGCUCAUGGGCAGUGAAGUAUCCCAGAUUGCUUGUGGCAGACAUCACACUUUAGCCUUUGUGCCUUCUUCAGGAAUGAUCUAUGCAUUUGGCUGUGGAACAAGAGGCCAGCUGGGAACAGGGCACACUUGCAAUGUGAAGUGUCCCUCUCCUGUCAAAGGUCACUGGGCAGCUCACAAUGGGCAACUCUCAGGGAAACCUGAUGCCUGUAAAUACCACAUUGUUAAACAUAUCUUCUCUGGAGGAGACCAAACUUUUGUGCUUUGCUCCAAAUACGAGAAUUCCUUGCCUGCUGAUGAUUUCCGGACCAUAAAUGAAACACGUUACACCUGUUUAAUAAAUGAUGAAACUAUAGAUGUCUGGAGGCAAAAGCUUUUAGAAAAGAACAGUUCUAAUUCUGUCAAUAAUGUUGUUCAGAUACUGUCCUCAGCUGCCUGCUGGAAUGGAAGCUUCUUGGAGAAGAAAAUCGAUGAACAUUUUAAAACCAGUCCAAAGAUCCCAGGGAUUGAUCUGAACUCCACGAGAGUGCUCUUUGAGAAGCUGAUGAACUCUCAGCACUCCAUUCUCCUAGAGCAGAUACUGAAGAGCUUUGAAAGUUUUUUGAUUCCUCAGCUGUCCAGCUCUCCACCAGAUGUUGAGGCAAUGAGGAUCUAUCUGAUUCUCCCAGAAUUCCCACCAUUCCAAGACUCCAAGUAUUAUAUCUCUCUGACCCUUCCUCUAGCAAUGGCUAUUUUGCGCCUGGAUACCAACCCCAGCAAAGUGCUUGGUAAGUGUCAUUUAAAAAUUGUUUUAAUUUAGAAGUAAAAUAUAAUUUCAAAGAACACUUACUAGGGAGAGAUUGUGUAUUGCUUGUAGAGCAUUCUGAGUCUUUUGUUACAAGCUGCUAUAACUGAAUUUAUGAAAGCAAACCUGAAAAUAUGUUAAAAUAUGUCAAAUAUUUCCAUCUGUUCUCUUCACUAGGUGAAUCAGAAGGUUAAACACGUGGAAUAUGAUAAGUUUUAUAUCCCUGAGAUUUCCAGCUUGGUGGACAUUCAGGAAGAUUAUCUCAUGUGGUUUUUGCACCAGGCUGGAAUGAAAGUAAGGCCGUCCAUCAUGCAGGACUCUGUGACUCUCUGCUCUUACCCUUUCAUCUUUGAUGCUCAAGCUAAGACCAAGAUGUUACAGACAGAUGCAGAAUUACAGAUGCAGGUUGCAAUAAAUGGUGCAAAUUUGCAGAAUGUCUUCAUGCUUCUCACCCUGGAGCCUCUGCUGGCCAGAAGCCCUUUCCUGGUACUUCAUGUUCGCAGGAGUAACUUAGUUGGUGAUGCUUUAAGGGAGUUGAGCAUCCAUUCAGACAUUGACUUGAAAAAACCUCUCAAAGUUAUCUUUGAUGGUGAGGAAGCUGUUGAUGCUGGAGGAGUGACAAAGGAAUUUUUCCUCCUGUUGUUGAAAGAACUACUCAACCCUAUCUACGGCAUGUUCACUUACUACCCAGAGUCAAACCUGCUGUGGUUUUCAGACACGUGUUUUGUAGAACACAACUGGUUUCACUUGAUUGGCAUCAUAUGUGGUCUUGCAAUCUACAAUUUCACAGUGGUAGACCUUCACUUUCCCUUGGCUCUGUACAAAAAACUCUUGAAUGUGAAGCCCUGCCUAGAGGAUUUGAAGGAGCUGUCCCCUACAGAAGGAAGGAGUCUCCAACAACUUUUAGAUUACCCUGGGGAAGAUGUGGAGGAGACAUUCUGUUUGAAUUUUACAAUCUGCAGGGAAAGUUAUGGUGUGACAGAGCAGAAGAACCUGAUUGAAGAUGGAGAUAAAAUCCUGGUGCAGAAAGACAACAGGGAAGAGUUUGUCGAAGCCUACGUAAAUUACAUCUUCAACCUCUCCAUCCAAGAGUGGUACACAGCCUUUUCUACUGGCUUCCUGAAAGUGUGUGGUGGGAAGGUCCUGGAACUCUUCCAGCCCACAGAGCUCAGGGCCAUGAUAGUUGGAAACAGUAACUACAACUGGGAGGAACUGGAGGAGAGUGCUGUCUAUAAGGGAGACUACACUGCCACACACCCAACUGUGAGAAUGUUCUGGGAGACCUUCCAUGAAUUUCCCUUGGAAAAGAAGAAGAAAUUUCUCUUGUUCCUGACGGGCAGCGACCGCAUUCCCAUCUACGGCAUGUCCAGCCUGCGCAUCAUCAUCCAGUCGACGCCCAGCGGGGAGCAGUACCUGCCCGUGGCUCACACGUGCUACAACCUGCUGGACCUGCCAAAGUACAGCAGCAAGGAGAUCCUCAGCGCCCGCCUCGUGCAGGCCAUCGACCACUACGAGGGCUUCAGCUUGGCCUGACCCUGCGGGGCUGGCACAGACUCUUGGGUGCUGAGCAGCAGAAUGAUGGGCUUGGGCUUUAUUUUUGUAAGGGAAUAGAUCUGAACUACUUUUCUUCUUAUUUUUCUUUUUUUUUUUUUUGGGGGGGGGUGUGGGGAAAUAGAAAUAAUAAUAAUAAUACAGAUAAUGCAGUCUCAGCCUGAUGCUGCCAGCAUUUUGUGGGGUUUCAGCAGGGAGAGGCUCUUGCUUUGAAUUUUUUCAUCUGCUGGACAAAACCAGUUCAGUGGGCAUUUCUGUUGUUUCCCCUCCAACUUGACAUCACUGCCCUCCUGGCAAUUCCUUGUAGUUUGCUUUUGUUGCCCCCAUGCACACACACACUCUUACCUCUUUUUUUAGUUCAGUUCAAAUAUUUUGAUGUCCCUUGCAUUUAGGGUAUGGUGGAAACAGGAUGAAAUAGCUAUCUCUUCUUUGAAAAGCUGUGAUUUUCCUCCCCACCCUUUUUUCCUCCCUUUUUAAAUGCAAGCUGGUUCUUGCUUGCUUUGAAUGGAAAUGUCUCCUCUGCCCUUCAGUCCUUGGAGGAUGGUACUGGGCUGGGAUGUCAUUUGUGACCCCAGAGCAGUGCAUUAGUGAUGAUCCUUUUUGCACCAGGAUGUCUCAUGGAAAAUACGGUAGUUUACAGAUGUUAGUUUGUUUUUCUUCACUUGUCUUGAAUUUUGUUUUCAAGCUUCUCAAAGAAGCCUCAGAAUCCUUCUGGAGUGGGGUUUGUGUUGAGGCUUGUGGAAGCACAAACCCUGCCUAUCACAGCAGGUUUCUCUGAAUGCCUCUCUUGUGUUGUGUUACUGUCCUGGCAAGUCUGCAGUCUGGCUGGGUGGGCUGCCCUCUUUUUCCAUCCCAACAGCCCUGCUACUCCAAUACAAGGUGAGGUGGCUGCUUUUACUGCUGCCACCUUUGUCCAGAGGAGCUGUGUGUGUGGAUGUGCGAGUGCAGGGCGUGUGGGUGUGGGAGGUGUGUGCAAUCUCUCCAGUCUCGUCAGGUCAAAGAAGGAAGAUCCCCAUUUGAGUCAUAGCCCCAUGUCUGGAGAUUGGUUUGAUCUUUGCAGUUAGGUUUAUUACUUUGCUGUUUGAGAACAGCCCUCUCAGUUGGCAACUGUUUGCCGGGGGCCUGAAAGACAAUCUCUAUUAGACUGAAAAUGUAGAAAAAUCUCUACCUAAAUCUAUCCUGUAUGAUUGGAGAGCUUUUGUCCUCUUUUCCUCAGUCUCACUGUCCCAUUAAGUGAAGUUUGAAUGAUUUUUCUCCCUUCCCCCCUGCCAUUUUUCAGAUCUUGAUGUAAAUCUCAUUUUAAGCCUAGGGUGGUUUUGACAUUGACUUGUUAUUAGGACAUAGUAUUUAUGCACCAUGUUCAAUUUACAGUAUUGAACUUUGCACCUCGUAACAAAAGGUUUUAGGCUUCUGGAUUUUUCUUUUUUUUUUAAAGACGAGCUGUGGGCUACAUUGAGAGCUCCCCAGCCUCUUUCUAAUGCAGCAUUGAAGACAAAUAUACAGUUAUAUCAAAUGUUUAUUUUCGAUGUGUGUGUACAUAGUACAGUAUUAUGCAAUAAAUUUGAUGUUUAAUUCUGAUGGAGUGGCUGCCUUUCCAUGUUGGGGAGCAAAGGAGAGGCUGCUCCAGGCACCAGCACUGCCUCUCCCCCUGUCUCAGACAAAGGGAAGUCCUCCAAGGAAGAGCUUGGACUUGAGAUCAGCCCUCAGUCAUUCCAUCGAUGCAUGUCUGGUUAGACACAUAUAUUGCACAUAUUUAUUUGUUUAGGUGGAUGGAUCAUAUGUAGACACAGGAAUAUGCACAUAUACUCUUAUAUACAAUGAAAUGUGUGCACAUUACUGUGUGACCUGUAUUAUGGUGUAAGGUCUAGCUGCUCUUGUAUCUAGUGUAUAUACAGAGGUGCUGUGGCUCAUGGGAGCCAAAUCCAAGUGGCUGGCAGGAGAUGUGCCAGCAGCCAGAAGCAUCUUGGCCCUGGCUUUCCAGGCCAAGCCCAACAGCGAGGAGAUCUGGCUGGCUGCUGUGAAGCUUGAGUCGAGAACAGUGAGUAUGAAAGAGCAAAGAGGCUGCUGGCAAAGGCUCGCAGCAGUGCCCUCAGAGCAAGGGUGUUUAUGAAGUCUGUGGAGUUGGAAUGGGUGCUUGGGAAUACUGCUGCAGCCCAGGAGCUCUGUGAGGAAGCCCUGAAGCACUAUGAGGGCUUCUCCAAGCUGUGGAUGAUGAAAGGACAAGUUGAAGAACACAAAGCUGGUAGAGAAAGCAUGGGAGGUUUAUAAUCAAGGGUUGAAGAAGUGCCCCCAUUUCAUACCCCUGUGGCUUUUGCUGUCCAGGCUGGAGGAGAAAGUCAUGCAGCUGACUAGAGCAAGAGCUGUCUUAGAAAAGUCUCGCCUGAAGAAUCCAAAGAAUCCAGACCUCUGGUUGGAGUCUGUAUGCUUGGAGUACCAAGCUGGGCUGAAGAACAUUGCUAACAGUCUGAUGGCCAAGGCACUGCAAGAGUGCCCCAAUUCAGGAAUCCUGUGGUCAGAAGCAAUUUUCCUUGAAGCGUGACUGCAAUGGAAGACCAAGAGUGUGGAUGCUCUCAAGAAGUGUGAACAUGCCCCAUGUGUCCUACUGGCUGUGGCCAAGCUGUUCUGGAGCGAGCAUAAAAUAUCCAAGGCCAGAGAGUGGUUCCACCGCACAAUGAAGAUUGACUCUGACCUGGGGGAUGCCUGGGCCUUCUUUUACAAAUUUGAGCUCCAGCACGGCACAAAGGAAAAACAAAAAGAGGUGAGGGAGCACUGUGAGAAUGCUGAACCUCACCACGGGGAGCUCUGGUCUGAUGUCUCCAAGGCCAUACAGAACUGGCAGAAAAAGACUGGAGAAAUUCUUGUGCUUGUGGCAGCCAAGCUGAAAAAUACAUUCUAGAGUGUGCUGGCCUCAGCUGCCUCAGAGGUCUCUGUAGGACUUAACCGGCCCACUCAGUGACACAGAUUUCGAAGGACAGUGUUGGGGGUUAGGUUUCUUUCCUUUUGUUCCUUUUUACUUACAGAAUUUUUUCCCUUAAGUUGCUAGGAAUCAUUAACGACUGGGUACUUCCGAAAAAAAAAGACGUGGCCAAGCUCAGGGGAGGAGGACAUCUGGUUGCAUUUCUCUUAUCUGGGAGUUUCUCUCCUAAGGGAGAGAGAUACCUCGAGAAUUCAGAAGGUAAAGGGUGGGGCUGGGGCAGCUGCUGGCUAGCUCUCUGUUUUGGCUUUAGAGGAGGAUGGUUGAAGCUGCUGCUUGGGGAAGGGAAUUUGCUGCUGCUGCUGGAGCCCAGCCUAGAGCUGCUUCUUCUGCCGUGGGGUGAGCCUCUGCUUGUGAGAGCAGCCACUGAACUGAGACCUUAUGAACACCCACCUCACUGAGAGAGGGACCUGUCCCCAUCUGCUCGGGGGCCCGGGAUCCUGAGCUCGCCCCUCUCUGCCCUGCUGGGAGCUGUGCCACCUCUGUCCCACCCCUGCUGCCUCUUUGGCACUGCUCUGAGCUGUCCUGCAGUGUCCCCUCACCCCCUGCCUGCCCCAGGCAUCCCGUGGUUCCAGCCACAGCUCUGGAACAGCUUCUGAUACAUCUCCUCUACCACCCAGGAUUUUUAUUCCUGCUGUCCCAGCUUGCUGCUUCUGAGAGUCCUGCUGGGACACUGGGAUCAGCUGCCCUGGGGGUUUCCCUUCAAAGCACUUUUUGAUCCAGUCUGUCAGCCCAGUUAACACCCCCUCCCCCAGAAUCAGAGGAGAUCCCAUCUCAGGAGAUGGGAACUCAGCACCUCUGAAAAGCCAAGCCCCAGGUCAUCACGCAAGUCCUCUGGCCUGUUUGGAAAUACAAAAUUCAGUCUUUGCUGGUUUUAUAUGGAACAGGCAAUUCUGCAAUUAAUAAAAAAGCCAAACCAAGCCGUCAGUCCCCAUCCCAAGUGCUUUCACUAACACAUCUCUGCCUUACCCAAUGUCCUGGUGUGCUUGUAUCCCCAAUCAUCUGUUCUGUAUAUGCUGGGGAUUAAGUUCUACACCUUUAAGGCUGGUUCCAAGAGCGAAGGGGGUGGCAGGAUAAGCACAGUUUGUUAUCAGAAGCUGCACUGGCUGCCCCGCAUCCCGCUCCUGGACUGUGUCAUCUGCAGAAUGGACAGGGAGACAGAGCUCUCUUUUGCUUUUUAGUUAGUUUUUAGCUGGCUGAGGCAGACAAGUUCCCUGGACUGUGGCUUUUCCUUUUCUUGGAACUGUUCACAACUGCUUUGGACCAACAUCUCAGAAGAACACCGGGAGUUCACACCUGUGGCACACCAGGGCUGGGACACUGUAUUCCAGCGCCAGAGGGACUGAGAGACACGCAGUGAGCUGAGCUACACCCCACAAAAAGAACCUUCUGAAUCUGCCAUCACUUCAGAACAACAAGAGGUUUUAUUGUUUGGUAUUGUUCAUUUUUUAUGGUUGUUGGUGCUUUGCUUUUUAAAUAAACAGGUUUUUUUCCACAUUUCUCCAAGGACAUCUUUUCCCGAACCAGUUGGGGCAAUUUGCCCUAACCAGGACACCCACCCUGACCAGCAAAGGGCACAUGCAGCCCAU